AGCGGAGUGGCCCAAAGAUCAUUUUAUUCCACCCUAUGUCCCCCGUUUCCGAAAUGGUUGGGAGCCUCCUUUGCUGAACUUCAUGGGAGCUCCAAAGGAGCAAGAACUCAAUCAUUUGGCUGAGUCCGUGGCAAACGUUGCAGAGCAACAGCGGAAGCAAGAAAUGAAGAGACUGUCAACUGAGCCUCCCGGUGUUCCUGACUACCCUCCGUCGGACGGGUAUGCAUUCAGUAACACAGUGUACAAAAGAGGGCCUCUGCUGGACCAGGGGGCGGCCGUGGCUGCCUUUAAGCAAACUGUUAGCCGACAUGUAGAUAGAAACUAUGAAGCACACAGUAAAGCACAGACCAAGAAAUAUGCCAAAUGCAAGUACGAAUUUAUGGCAAGAAACAACAGUGAGCUUUCUGUCAUGAAAGAAGAGGUCGUAGAGAUUCUGGAUGACAGAAAGCAGUGGUGGAAAGUCCAGAAUAAAAGUGGCAGCACAGGCUUUGUGCCAAACAACAUAUUGGACCCUCUGAGGAGUCAAGAAGGUGGUCUAGGAUGGCCAGAGCCUGCAUAUACCCGCACCAUCCAGAAACAAAGGACGGACUAUGUCGCAAAACAACCUGAUCCAGUUCCUGCUACUCCGUCGCCGCCUCCAACGCCAGCUCCUGUCCCCGUGGCUGUCCCCCUUCCUCCUAGUGCACCAGCACCUAUACCGGUUCCCGUGCCCAAAGCGCCAGCCGCCGUCAGCCGCCAAAGCAGCACCUCCAGCGACAGCGGUGGUAGUGUUGCACGAGACACCCAGAGGCAGAAGCAAGUUCCUGCGGAUCGCAGGAAAUCGCAGAUGGAGGAGGUGCAGGAUGAACUUGUUCACAGGCUCACCAUUGGCCGGAGCGCUGCCCAGAGGAAGUUCCAUGUGCCACGACCAAACAUCCCAGUAGUCAACAUCACCUACGACUCUUCGCCUGAGGACGUGAAAGCGUGGUUGCAGUCCAAAGGAUUCAACCCUGUGACUGUCAACAGCCUUGGCGUGCUGACAGGUGCUCAGCUUUUCUCCCUCAACAAAGAGGAACUGAGGACUGUUUGCCCAGAAGGGUCUAGGGUCUACAGCCAAAUUACGGUACAGAAAUCUGCCUUGGAGGCUAACAGUGGUAGCUCAGAACUGCAAGAAAUUAUGAGAAGACGGCAAGAAAAGAUCAGUGCAGCUGCCACAGAUUCAGGUGUGGAGUCCUUUGAUGAAGGAAGCAGCCACUAAAAUGUCUUUUCUCUUUUCUUUAAUUCCAUUGUCCAUGGCAUUAUACCAUCCAGCUUUGCUUUAGGAAGCAGUGCAGGGGAAUGUCUUAUAAUAUUGUAAACAUAACUAUAGCCACCAUAAAGAAAAUUUGCAGUAGUCUCCGCGGAAGUACCUGCUGCUGGCUUCUCAUCCUUACAAAUGAAGAGGAGAAAUUCAGCGGAGGUUCCUGACAGUGAAAACACUGGUGCAUGAUUCAUUUACACCCAAAGAUGAGUCUUGGCUUUCUGGAAUUAACCAUUCCAUGACAGAUAAACUGGAACCACGUCUGUCUGUGUGAUUCAUCCACGGGAAGCUGAGCCAGCAAUAAAAAAGCAUUUGAGCCCUUCAGUAAUAAUAAGAUUCUGAAUCCCAUCUCUUGCUGUAGUUUGCAGAUACGUCUUUUUGGCUCAAUCUGUUCUGUCAUGCAUUCGGCUGCAGGAUGUUUAGUUCAGUCUUUGAUUCCACCAA